CCGUACUGCCUCCUUUGGUUAUUAUGUGUGCUCCCAAAGUAAUGAGAACCUCACCUUCCUUUUGCUACAAGGGUGUAUGUAAUUCGCACAACCAAACUUUGUGCUGUAUCUGGGGCGGGGGGGCUACUCUUUCCCCGACUGGCGCGUCCAUUAACCAAUUACUGACGGGACUUUCCGCCCCUUCCUGUCCCUGGUUGGGGUCGGCCUCGGGUAUCCAGCAAGUUCAGUGGAGCCGCAACUGACGUAAGUCAACAAAGGUCACGUGAAAAGAACAAUUCCCUCCAAUUGGCGGCGCCUGGCUGAGGGGGUGCGGGCGUCACGGCCACUUGGGGUUCGCCCAGUGACACGAUUACAACAACUUUGUGCUGGUGAAGUUUGUGAUUCUAAGAAAUUCUUCCAUUACAGUGACGUUCCGCCUUUUCUGUUGUCUCCGCUAUUCCGGUGAUGUGACUCUGGUAGCCGAACUCCGUACCCGCGUGUCCGCUUCUUUUGCUAACCUUGGGGUUUUUCUUCUCUGUGAGUCGUGUUGGAGAAGGCAGCGGCGAUAAAGUUGGUUUGCCAGUUUCUCGCCGCUAGUGCGUCUUUUCCAGCUCCCGACUGGGAGUUGGUAGGUUUCAGAUUUGGGAGUUUUGCGUUGGUUGCAUUUACAUGAAAUCCUGCGGAGUUUCGCUCGCAGCAGCCGCCCCUGCUUUCAGUGAUGAGGAACAGAAAAUGGCGGCGGGAAAACCGAGAGGCAAGAGUAAGGAAGGGACCUUAAGCUUGACAGCCGAGGAGAGGGAGGAGCUCAGCGGAUUGGACAGCCGCCUGUUUGGGUUCCUGAACCUUCACGAAGAUGGCGCCAAGACUGAGACUCUGUUGCUCAAGGCUGUUUGCUGCUACGAAUCUCUAAUCUUAAAAGCUGAAGGAAAAGUGGAGUCUGAAUUCUUUUGUCAGUUAGGUCACUUCAACCUCUUAUUGGAAGAUUAUCCAAAAGCAUUAUCUGCAUAUCAGAGAUACUACAGUUUGCAAUCUGACUACUGGAAGAAUGCAGCAUUUUUAUAUGGCCUUGGUUUGGUUUACUUCUAUUACAAUGCAUUUCACUGGGCAAUUAAAGCAUUUCAGGAGGUGCUUUAUGUUGAGCCCAGCUUUUGUCGAGCAAAGGAGAUUCAUUUACGACUUGGGCUUAUGUUCAAAGUGAACACAGACUAUGAAUCUAGUUUAAAGCAUUUUCAGUUAGCUUUGAUUGACUCUAAUCCCUGUACUUUAUCCAGUGUUGAAAUUCAGUUUCAUAUCGCCCACUUGUAUGAAACCCAGAGAAUGUAUCAUUCUGCGAAGGAAGCUUAUGAACAGCUUUUACAGACAGAAAACCUACCUGCACAAGUAAAAGCAACUGUUUUACAGCAGUUAGGAUGGAUGCAUCAUAACGUGGAUCUAUUAGGAGACCAAGCCACCAAGGAAAGCUGUGCUAUUCAGUAUCUCCAAAAGUCAUUGGAGGCAGAUCCUAAUUCUGGCCAGUCUUGGUACUUCCUUGGCAGGUGCUAUUCAAGUAUCGGAAAAGUUCAGGAUGCCUUUAUAUCUUAUAGGCAGUCUAUUGACAAAUCAGAAGCAAGUGCAGAUACCUGGUGUUCAAUAGGUGUGCUCUAUCAGCAGCAAAAUCAGCCUAUGGAUGCAUUGCAGGCCUAUAUUUGUGCUGUACAAUUGGACCAUGGACAUGCAGCAGCAUGGAUGGACCUAGGCACUCUCUAUGAAUCCUGUAACCAACCUCAGGAUGCCAUUAAAUGCUACUUAAAUGCAACUAGAAGCAAAAGUUGCAGUAAUACCUCCAUGCUUACAGGAAGAAUUAAAGUUUUACAGGCUCAGUUGUGUAACCUUCCACAAGGUAGUCUACAGAAUAAAACUAAAUUGCUUCCUAGUAUUGAGGAGGCAUGGAGCCUACCAAUACCCGCAGAGCUUACCUCCAGGCAGGGUGCCAUGAACACAGCACAGCAGGCUUACAGAGCUCAUCAUCCAAAUACUGAACCUGUAUUAGGCCUCAGUGAAACAUCAAUUUCACAACAGCCCUUGCCAGUACAUAUGAUUACCUAUAGUCAAGUAGAUGACCUGUCCAGUCCUGCCAAGAGGAAAAGAAUAUCUGGUCCAACAAAGUACUUGGAACACCUACGCACAGAUAGAGAUAAUUUAAAUCCAACACAAAAACUGAUGCUGCAACAGUUGGAAAGCCAGUUUGUCUUAAUGCAACAAAUGAGACAAACAGGACAAACUACUGGAAUUCCUAAUGGGCCAAUAGCUGAUUCAUCACUGCCUACAAACUCUCUCUCUAGCCAGCAACCACAUUCUGCUCUACCCAGAGUACCUAGUGUCUCUCAGCCUGAAGUGCACUCUGCUUGUUUUGAAAAUAUUUUGUCCAGUGGACCUUUUUCUGCACGCUAUAUUCUUUCUGGCAUCUCAAAGCCUCUAGGGUGUACAGACACUAAUUUGGUAGGCAAUAAUUACUUAACACGAAGUGGAAAUAAUGGAAAUGUGCCUUAUCUGCAGCAAAACACAUUCACUCUACCUCAUAACUGCACAAACCUGACCAGCAGUACAGAAGAGCCAUGGAGAAAACAACUAUCUAACUCCACUCAGGGGUUUAACAAAGGUCAAAAUUCACAUUUGCCAGGAUCUAAUGAUGAACAGCCUUCAUUUUCCACUGAUCCUGCCCUCUAUCUCCAGGCGGCUAGCACUAAUAUUCAGACUUCACAUAGGAUGCUGUCUAGUAGUUCAGUAACACAGGGAACUGCUUUCAAUCACCUCUCUCAUGUUGCUACCUCAGGUGACCAACAAAGAGUUUGUUGUACCAAAGAGAGCACACCUUCAGGAAAUGGAUCUUUUGUGCCUGAAAUAACCAGUCAUACUGAAGAUAAACCUAAUGGCUGUGCUGGUGUCAAGGGGCUUUCUAACCAUGUUCAGCAGUUGAUGGCAGAACUUAUUUGCAGUCCUAACAGUGGAGAUUCUACAUCACCAAAUCUAAUUUCAGACAAUCCUCAGAUCUCUUCCUUGUUGAUUGGAAAAGCCAAUGACAGUGUGAUGGCUGGAGCAUAUGACAAAGUCAAUAGUACUCACCAAGAAAGUCAUACAAAGACUAAUAAUUCUGUUGCCUCUUUACACUCUUCAGUCAUUUCUACAGCUGCUCCAAAAUCUGCUAACCAGACCACCACCCUUGGUGUUACCAGCAUUAGCAGUCCUCACAUUAGGUUACGAACAAUUAAUGGAAAAGGGCUAGAGAACUCACAGAGCUCUAAAAAGACAAGCCUGUCUAUGAUUAGCUGCAAACCUGAUUCUCAGAUCAUACCAUCCAUGUCUGUGUCCAUAUACUCAAAUUCUACAGAAGUUCUGAAGGCAUGCAGGAACUUAGAUAAAAAUGGCUUGUCUAAUAGUCAUAAUUUGUUGGAUAAAUGUCCACCUCCAAGACCACCAACUUCUCCAUACCCACCAUUGCCAAAGGACAAGUUGAAUCCACCCACACCUAGUAUUUAUUUGGAAAGUAAACGUGAUGCUUUCUUUCCUCCAUUACAUCAAUUUUGUAUAAAUCCCAAAAACCCCGUUACAGUAAUACGUGGCCUUGCUGGAGCUCUUAAAUUGGAUCUAGGGCUUUUCUCUACUAAAACUUUGGUAGAAGCUAAUAAUGAACACACUGUAGAGGUGAGAACACAGUUGUUGCAACCAGCAGAUGAAAACUGGGAUCCCACUGGAACAAAGAAAAUCUGGCGUUGUGAAAGUAAUCGAUCUCAUACUACAAUUGCUAAGUAUGCACAGUACCAGGCCUCCUCCUUCCAGGAGUCAUUGAGAGAGGAAAAUGAGAAAAGAAUGCAACAUAGAGAAUAUUCAGAUAAUGAAUCCACUUCUUCAGAUAAUACUGGAAGGAGAAGGAAAGGACCUUUUAAAACUAUAAAAUUUGGGACCAACAUUGACCUUUCUGAUGACAAAAAGUGGAAGUUGCAGCUACUUGAACUGACUAAACUUCCUGCUUUUGUGCGUGUUGUAUCAGCAGGAAAUCUUCUAAGCCAUCUUGGUCAUACCAUACUGGGCAUGAAUACAGUUCAAUUAUACAUGAAAGUUCCAGGGAGUCGGACACCAGGUCACCAAGAAAAUAACAACUUCUGUUCUGUUAACAUAAACAUUGGUCCAGGUGAUUGUGAAUGGUUUGUUGUUCCUGAAGGUUAUUGGGGUGUUCUUAAUGACUUCUGUGAAAAAAAUAAUUUGAAUUUUUUGAUGAGUUCUUGGUGGCCCAAUCUUGAAGAUCUUUAUGAAGCAAAUGUUCCUGUAUAUAGGUUUAUUCAAAGACCUGGAGAUUUGGUCUGGAUAAAUGCAGGCACCGUGCACUGGGUUCAGGCUGUUGGCUGGUGCAACAACAUUGCUUGGAAUGUUGGCCCACUUACAGCCAGCCAGUAUAAAUUGGCAGUGGAACGGUAUGAGUGGAACAAAUUGCAAAGUGUAAAGUCAGUUGUACCCAUGGUUCAUCUCUCCUGGAAUAUGGCACGAAACAUCAAAGUUUCAGAUCCCAAGCUUUUUGAAAUGAUUAAGUAUUGUCUUAUGAAAAUUCUGAAGCAAUGUCUGACACUGAGGGAAGCUCUUAUUACAGCAGGAAAAGAGGUUAUAUGGCAUGGACGGACGAAUGAUGAACCAGCACAUUACUGUAGCAUUUGUGAGGUGGAAGUUUUUGAUCUUCUUUUUGUCACUGAUGAAAGCAAUUCUCAAAAGACAUACAUAGUACAUUGCCAAGACUGUGCACGAAAAGCAAGUGGAAAUCUGGACAAUUUUGUGGUGCUAGAAGAAUACAAAAUGGAGGACCUGAUGCAAGUAUAUGACCAGUUUACAUUAGCUCCUUCAGUAUCAUCCUCUUCUUGAUAAUGGUCCAUGAAUAUUAAAUGACACCUUUUCUCACCUUCAGGAAACUUCUGCACCACUGGUUUUAUAGCUUCUUAAUAACAGUGCUGACUGAAAGCUAUGUCUAUACAACCUUCCAAGAAUAUUGUCAGUCAACUGGAUAUAGGAGAGCACUUCUCUGCUCCAGGAUAGAUCCGGCUUUCCUUAGUUACCAUGUUUUAUGCUUAUCUGACAAAAGUGGCGCUGCCCAGUAGACUACUGCGUUGAAGAUAUCUUUUUUUUGUUUGUGUAAUGUUUCUGGACUUACAAAUUAGCUUUCAUCUAUAUUUUAAUCCUUGCAAAACUUUCUUUGGGAAGAUACACUGCCUUCACUGGUCAUAUUUUUACUGAGAUAAUUAAAUUUAAAUCUUUGCUUAAGUGUUUUAAUGUGGAAAAUUAGAGGAUAAAGGUUAGUUUUUCUUGUUGCUUUUUUUUUUUAAUCACUUUUAAGUUUUUCUGUAUUGUUUUGUGCCCAUAAUGGUUCCAAACAGAAAGUUUUUAAAAUAUUUAACAGCCUAAUAGUGAAGAUGCAAAGAUAAUAGGUUGCAGGUAGACUAAGGAAUAAACUUCAGUUUUGUGAUUUUUGUUUCUAAUCUUGAUACAGAUUUACAUUAUUUAUGAAUACAUAUUUAUUGCUUGAAAAUAUUUGUGACUGGUAUGUUAUUUUUCCAGGAUUUACCUGCCAUUAAAUAUAAGGAGUUCUGUAAUUUUAAGCAUUACUCCUUUUACAUUUCAUAUGUGUAAAUAAAACUUUAAAAUUGUACAGAAAUUUUACUAAAGUUGUUUCAUGUUUAAAGCAUUUUCCACUGUUUUAGAGUUUUUGUAAAAACCCAGAUUUUGUUCCAUUUCAAAUCUUAUUAUAUAUAUUUUAUAUGUACAUAUAUGUCCACACACAUGUAUAACAUAUAUGUAUUUAUAAUACAGCAUAUAAUUAUAAAAAUAUAAAACAAACUUUUAAUUUUUCACCUUUAAGGUAGUUUCUGAGAUGCCUUCUAUAAAGCAUUGCUUACAAAUGUAUGUGUAGUUUUAAAGUAAAUGUCUUUUAUUCUGGUUUGUGGAGGUUGCAGUUAUUGCAAUGAUUGCCAAUAAAUAAGUGCUGGAAAAAUGUAUAGUAGAAAAUGAGUAGUGAAGUUACAAUUUUAAAGGAAACGUGUAAGUUUGAUAAAUCUUAUAGUGUAAAAGAUAUUGGUGAUGAUGGCCUCCACUCUCAUAACAAAUAUAUUAAGUGACAUAUUUUCUGGAAUUAUGUGACCUAAAAUUCCAUGAUUUUCUGCUUGUACGACAUGGUUCAGUGAGGGGAGAGGGAGAAUAUAUUCAGUUCGUUUAUCAUUAUUAGAUUUUAACAAGCUCUGUGAAAUUUUUUAUUUCAUAUAAACAAAUUACUCUUAAUCUUCAACCAUUUUAUAACAGUUCCUGGUUUUCUGCCUAUAUCUUACUGAACCAUUUGGCCUUUAUUCUGAUUUUAUCACGUUUUCUAGGAGAUUUCCUGAGAACUUUGGUAAAAGUUCUAUAAAUGAAGUGAGAAUAUAUAAUCCUAUCUGAUGAAAA